AUGGGAAAGAAAGCUAAAGUUGGAAAACAGAGGAAGGAUAAAUUCUAUCAUCUCGCCAAGGAAGCUGAAUUUGCGAUGAAUUCAUUAAAUUUCUUUAAAGGUUAUCGUUCUCGUGCGGCAUUCAAAUUGAUACAGUUGAACAAACGGUUUGAAUUUCUGCAAACGUCAAGAGCUCUGGUUGACUUAUGUGCUGCACCCGGUGGAUGGCUUCAAGUUGCCGCACAAAAUAUGCCCCUUUCGUCAAUACGCAUUGGCAUCGAUCUUGCACCUAUCAAAGCGAUUAAUAAUUGUAUCACGCUUCAAGGUGAUAUUACCACCGAAAAAUCACGACAGAUGAUCAAAAAAGAACUACAAACUUGGGAGGCAGAUUGCGUUUUGCACGAUGGUGCGCCAAAUGUAGGUUUGAAUUGGUUACACGAUGCAUUCCAGCAGAAUUGUUUAACACUGUCAGCACUGAAGUUAGCAACACAAAUUUUAUCGAAAAAUGGAUAUUUUGUAACAAAAGUGUUCCGUUCGAACGAUUAUCAUUCACUUAUUGAAGUGUUUGAGAAACUAUUCAAAAAGGUCCACGUAUGGAAACCAUCUGCGUCACGUUUGGAAUCAGCAGAAAUAUUCGUUGUUUGUGAGAAAUAUCUGAAACCAAAUAAAGUGAAUGGCGAUUUACUCGAUCCAAAAAAAGUUUUCGCGGAGUCAAAAAAUGAAGCAAAACCGUCAAAUCCGCAACUGAUGUUGCAAACUCGGAAGAAAGAAAGGAAAGCAAAAGCUGAGGGAUAUGAAAAUGCUGAACUGACUCUUUUUAAUGCAUUACCUCUAUCAGAAUUCAUUCAUUCAAGAGAUUAUCUCGAGUUAUUGAGUAAAGCGAAUAAGAUAACAAUAGACGAUGAAAAGUGGGAUAAGAAUGUUGCAACGACAGAUGAGAUUAGACACUGUAUAAGCGAUAUUAAAGUUUGUGGUCCAAGGGAAUUGCGUGCGAUAUUGGUUUGGAGGAGGAAACUGUUGAAGAGUAUUGAUGAAGGGAAGGUUGCUGGUGAUGAAGAUGGGGAGCGUAUGGAAACUGAUUCGAAGGAGGUGGAUGUGGAUAGUUUAGAGGAUGAUGAAUUGAAGAAAAUCGAUGAGGAGAUCGCGCAGGCGAAAGCUGAAGAUAAGACAGCGCUGAAGAAAAAGAAGAAAAAAAUGCUAAAAGAAAAAGCAAAAUUGCAACAACGAAAACAAUUGAAUAUGAUACACGAAGGUGACGAGCAAAUUGCAAUAGAACAAGAUUUAUUCUCGUUGAAAAAUAUCGCGAAAAUGAAACAGUUGAAUCGUGUAAUGCAGCNUGUCGUUAUCGACACUUGUAUUAUUAUUGUUAUUUUCGUUGUUUUUUUUUUGAAGAGAUCAUCUGGUGAUGAAGAAAGUGGACUGCUGCUAACGGAAGAGUCUGGAAUGGGAAAAGAUGAAAAGUUGAAAUCACGCGCAGAGAAGUGGUUUGCAAGGGAUGGUUUGGCCGAAUUAAUUGAAAACGAUGAAGAUGCGUUGAAUACAAUUGAGCAACACUUAAAUAAAAAUAAAACUAAUGAAUUAAAACUUCAUGAAAAUACAGUGAGUUUCGAUACUAAAGCAAAUGUCAAUCACGGGAGUGACGCAGAUAUGACGGAACAGACUUCUAAAUUCGUUGACGAGGAAAGCAGCAGUGAAGAAGAGUUCGUAGAUGCUGAUAAACGUGCUGCAAAAAGGAAAGUACCGGAAGAUAAAAAGAAUAAUGAUGCUAAAAAGCGCCGAUUGACUCCCGAGGCAUUGGCGCUUGGUGAACAGUUGAUUUAUUCAUCGAAAACCCGACGUGAACUCGAGGACUGGGGAUGGAAUAGAAUUUAUCGUAAAACACAGGUGAAAGAAAAGAAAGAAGUGGCGUAUCAGGUGAUGACAAAGGGUAAACGAGGCAAGCUGAGCAGGCCUGGUGGACCUUAUAAGGUUGUUGAUAAGAGGCUGAAGGCGGAUGAUCGAAAGCAAAAGAUGACUGCUCGCAGAAAUAAUUGGAAAAAAAUGAGUUCAUCGGCAAGAAGAGCUGAAAUGCAAAAAUCUCGGAAACGAAGAAGUGAAAAAAGAAGCGAACGAGUUGUGAAUCGUCGUCAAAGUCGUGGUAAACCAGUAUAA